AUGCCUUCCGGAUCCAAAAGAAAGCGCGGCAAUUUGACAAAGGAGAGUAGCAACGAAGAGGAAUUCUACGAGGUGGAGGAAUUGGUAGCUCAUCGCAAGUCCAAAAGAAACAAGUCUGUAACAGAAUACUGUGUCAAAUGGAAGGGUUAUGACCAUUCAGAGAAUACAUGGGAGCCGGAGGAAAAUAUCUUGUCACAUGAUCUUAUUGAAUCGUAUUGGGAGAAGCACGGGCCACGAACGCAGCCAUCAUCAUCAUCUUCCACGACAUCCAGUACAAAGACUACUCGAAAGCAAAGACAUGCUGCACCAGAACAAGAUGUUACAACAUCCUCGACUCCUGAACAGGAAGCUACAGCAGCUUCGGCAGCACCGGCGGAACAAGAAGUUCCAACACAAGAACAAGAACAAGAGGUUACAUUGGCUUCCACACAAGAACGAGAGGGUACAACGGGGGCAUCACAAGGAGACGAGGCUGCAGCACAAUCUUCUGUUCCAAGAAAGGAGUUCCACAAGAUGAAGCAGGUUCCCAUAAGCGCAUUACCCCCCAAAGGCAUGAAAUGGUCAGAACUGAUCAGGGUGGCACAUGUAUUUGCCGACAAGAAUUCGUAUAGUAGCCCACUGCUGGCACAAUUGAAAUGGCCAAAUGAUACGACAUCAUAUUCUUUGACAAGAACUCUAAGGAAAAAGGCACCAGAAAAGUUGAUCGAUUAUUAUGAGCAGCAUUUGGUCACCUCACCCACAUCCCGUCACCAAUGA